CCCUCCUCUCAUUUCACUCCCCACUUUCCUCCCAAAACCCUAACCCUUUCUCCGAUUCCCAUCUCCGCCCAAGAUGCGUGAGAUUCUUCACAUCCAGGGUGGCCAGUGCGGCAACCAGAUCGGAGCCAAGUUCUGGGAGGUCGUCUGCGCCGAGCACGGCAUCGACGCCACCGGAAGGUACGAAGGCGACUCCGCGCUUCAGCUCGAGAGAAUCAAUGUCUACUACAACGAAGCCAGCUGCGGCCGGUUCGUCCCCAGAGCCGUACUCAUGGAUCUCGAGCCUGGCACCAUGGACAGCCUCAGAUCUGGUCCCUACGGCCAGAUCUUCCGGCCUGACAACUUCGUCUUCGGUCAGUCCGGCGCCGGGAACAACUGGGCUAAGGGUCACUACACUGAAGGGGCUGAGUUGAUCGACUCGGUUCUCGAUGUGGUUCGCAAGGAGGCCGAGAAUUGUGACUGCCUGCAAGGGUUUCAGUUGUGUCACUCGCUUGGAGGAGGUACUGGAUCCGGAAUGGGGACGCUGUUGAUUUCGAAGAUCAGGGAGGAGUAUCCGGAUAGGAUGAUGCUCACUUUCUCUGUGUUCCCUUCGCCGAAGGUGUCUGAUACGGUGGUGGAGCCUUACAAUGCUACGUUGUCGGUGCACCAGCUUGUUGAGAAUGCCGAUGAGUGCAUGGUUCUUGAUAAUGAAGCUCUCUAUGACAUUUGCUUCCGCACACUCAAGCUCAGUACUCCAAGUUUUGGGGAUUUGAACCACUUGAUUUCUGCUACUAUGUCUGGUGUCACCUGCUGUUUGAGGUUCCCUGGGCAACUCAACUCUGACCUCAGGAAGCUGGCUGUCAAUCUUAUCCCAUUCCCCCGUCUCCACUUUUUCAUGGUCGGUUUUGCUCCUUUGACCUCUCGCGGUUCGCAGAUGUACAGAGCUUUGACUGUGCCCGAACUCACCCAGCAAAUGUGGGAUUCUAAGAACAUGAUGUGUGCUGCUGACCCACGCCAUGGUCGCUAUCUCACUGCCUCAGCCAUGUUCAGGGGAAAGAUGAGCACGAAGGAAGUUGAUGAUCAAAUGAGCAAUGUUCAGAACAAGAACUCUUCAUACUUUGUGGAGUGGAUUCCCCACAAUGUCAAGUCCACCGUUUGUGAUAUCCCACCUACAGGCUUGAAGAUGGCUUCAACCUUCAUUGGUAACUCAACUUCUAUUCAGGAGAUGUUCCGUCGUGUGAGUGAGCAGUUCACUGCUAUGUUCAGGAGGAAGGCUUUCUUGCAUUGGUACACUGGUGAAGGCAUGGAUGAGAUGGAGUUCACAGAAGCUGAAAGCAACAUGAAUGAUCUGGUUUCAGAGUAUCAGCAGUAUCAGGAUGCAACAGCGGAGGAGGAUGACUACUAUGAAGAGGAAGAGGAAGAAGAAGCUCAGGAAAUGUGAACUGAUGUGCAUUCUGAUGUUUGAAUUGAUGCCGCAACUUCCUGUUGUUCGUCUUUGGCAAUGAUGCUAGGGGUUCCCAGUACUAGUUAAUAUUAAAAACUGAAGUUCGUUUAUGCAUUUCUUUCUUAGUUAUGUGCUUUGGUAAACUCAGAUCUGUUAUAUGGGUAUAUUAAUCGCUUCAAGUAGUA